AUGGUCGAGUCUAAUCCCCCUUUACUCCACGAGUACUCCCAAAUACUACGCCAAUCGAGACAAGAUUGUGCUGUUCAAAGCAAGAUUGUUAGUGAUAAAUAUAAUGGAUCAUCAGAAUGUGAACUGCCAUUAAUAGACCUUAGAGGUCUGAAAAGUGAGAAUGAAGAAGAGAGGGCUUGUUGCAUCAAAGAAAUAGCACGUGCUUCGUCCGAAUGGGGAUUUUUCCAAGUAGUAAACCAUGGUAUUAGCCUACAACUCCUUGACAAGAUGAGAAGCGAGCAAAUCAAAUUGUUCAAUGCACCUUUUCAGAGUAAAGCCAGUUGUGGCCUUCUGAAUAAUUCGUAUCGAUGGGGAACUCCUACUGCGACUUGUCCGCACCAGUUCUCGUGGUCUGAGGCGUUUCAUAUUCCCCUAACCAAGAUUGCAGAAGACGACUGUUAUGGACAGUUCACCUCUUUAAGGGAAGUGAUGGUGGAAUAUGCAAGUGCAAUGCAAGAACUGUCUAAAUUGCUGGCUGGAGUUUUGGUAAUGAAUUUGGGUCAUAGAAAGGAACUUUUUGAUGAAAUAUGUGAUGAAAGCACAUGUUUUCUUAGGUUAAAUCAUUAUCCAGCUUGUCCAAUAUCACUCGAGCUAUUCGGUUUGGUACCUCAUACAGAUAGCGAUUUUCUUACCAUACUCCACCAAGACGAGCAUGUGAGUGGUCUUCAACUCAUGAAGGAUGGGAAAUGGGUUUCUGUCAAACCUAACAAAGAUGCCCUCAUUGUCAAUAUCGGUGAUCUUUUUCAGGCAUGGAGCAACGAUGUAUAUAAAAGUGUUGAGCACAAAGUGAUGGCCAAUUCAAGAAAGGAGAGAUUCUCAGUGGCAUAUUUCCUUUGCCCUUCAUACGAUUCAAUAAUUGGGAGCUGCAAACAGCCUUCUCGUUACAAAACAUUUACUUUCCGCGAAUACAGGAAUAAAACUCAAGAAGACGUCAAAUUAACUGGCCAUAAGGUUGGCCUUCCGAGAUUUUUACUUGAUUAG